AUGAACGUCUCGCAGACAUUCCUCGCACACGCCGUCCUCGCCCAUCUCUCGCCCGAGGUUGACGCCCUCGACCGCAUCACCGCCCUGCGCUCGCACGGCGCACUGCGCACCGCCGACUCUGGCGCAAAAACUACCAUCGCAUCUAUUCCACCUGAGAUAUUCCUCCAUGUCCGCUCCUAUCUCUUGCCGACCGUGACCGACGAUCUGCUAGCCGAGACGAGGACUGCGUAUGCCGACUACCUGCUCACUCGCGCGCGGUCACUCUGCAGCGAGUGCCUCGCGUACAACGUCUACGUCUACGGUCCCGACUCGCUCACCUGGCCCGAAUCGCGCGCUACCGACGACGGCGCGCAGGGCUGCCAGUGCGGCGUCCAGGCCGUGCGCAACGAUCUCUACGUCGGCGCCCUUACCACCGGUCCAGACCCGCACGAGCGCGCGCGUCGCGGCCACAAGCGCUCGGUUAGCUACUCGCACAAGUCCGUCACCUGGCUCGAGGAGUACCUAUCUAGGCGCGCCGGCCGUGGCGUCCCAAUCCGCAAAGUCGUGGACCAAGUACUCGCUUCCGACUUCGGCAUCGCGCUCACGCAGCAUGACGCCAAAUUCCCUACAACCCCCUCUUCCUCCAAGGCGGAUGUUCCCGACACGGUGACGCUCGAGUCACCGGAAGACUUCCGCCUCGCAGGCGCCCUACGCGAGCUCGCGCUCCAGGGUGCAUCGCCUACGGCCGGCUCGGAAAUUCUGACAGCCGCGCGCGACGUAGCGACCAAGUUCAUCUCCGCAACGAUCGCUGGCUUGCCGCAGCCCCAUGAGGACUCGGGUGCGCACGCCGCGCCCCCGCGCCAGGCGGGGCCGAGCAUCGGCACGUUGGUUGGCGCCGGCCUUGCGCUGGGCGUGUAUGCGCUCGUGCGCUUGACCGCCGUACUCUAA